AUGGAUGACAUACACGAAAAUCAACCGGGUGAGGUUCUGCCCUAUCAAUAUGAACCUGAAGUGAAGGCCGAAACUAGUGAAGAAAGCGGUUCCGAACAGGAGAGCAAUCGAGUGUUUUGUUGCCAUGAAAAAGCGCUUGAAUACGAUGAGUAUGAGGCAUCGCUAGGCCAAACAGAAACUCAAGGAGUAAAUUGCUUGACAACAUACCAAGAAUUUAGGGACAAUAUGCUCUCAGAAAGUGUGUUAAAGAUAGACGUGUGUCGGCAUCUUGAAGAAAACUGGCCCCUGUCUGAUGAGGAUCUAGAGAGAAUACACAAGCUGUAUCGAUUAGUUGCCUAUCAAAGAUGUUCUAGGUGGAUUUUUCAAAUUUUGGGGAAGAAACAUCGAAGACCAUUUCCUGCUUGUGUUUAUGCUAGCAUACGAAAACGCUUCGCGUCACCAGACGGACUUUAUACACAUUUUGAAUACGCAUGUUAUCACGAAAGACCGUAA